GAGCUGAGCGAUGCCGCGGCGCAAGGUCUCCAACGAGCUCAUCCCCAACCGGCGGGUGCGCGCGGCCACGUUCGCCAAGCGGAAGGAGGGGCUGAAGAAGAAGGCGCGCGAGCUCGCCACGCUCUGCGGGGUGCGCGUCGCGCUCGUCUGCGGCGCCGCCGCCGAGGGCGUGGGCGGGGCGGCGGCGGACGUGUGGCAGUCGGAGGAGGGCGUCCUCGACACGUACCGCAAGCUUCCCCCGGAGGAGCGCGCGCUGCACACGCACCUGGGGUACGCCGAGCGCGAGCUGGGCAAGGAGGCGGCCAAGCUCGCGCGGGUGCGGCAGGGGGGCCCCGCCACGCUCCCGGCCUGGGACGAGGCGCUGGACGACGUCGUGACGAUGGAGGAGGCGCAGCGGCUGCUCAGAUCUGUCGACGAGGCGCUGCGGGGCGCCAACGAGAGGCGUAAGGCGCUGGGUCUGCUGGUCGACGACGACGGGGGCGGCAGCGGCCUGCUCGAGGGGAUCGUGGCGCCGGGCGCCUUGGCGGGCGUCGACGGCUACCUGCUGCGCGCGCCGGGCAAUGUCGACCAGAUCAUGUGGGACAAUGGCUUCCAGCAGCGCAGCGCCGCCAUGAUGCAGCCUGGCUACGGAUUCCAGCAAUGCACCAGCAGCAGCAGCGUGGGCAUGGACGGCUACCACCUGCAGAUGAAGCCGGACAUGUACGGCAACAACGGCGGCGGCGGCCGGCUCGCGCGGGGCGCCUUCCAGCCACUAAAUUCCGCCACGAUACAGCGUGGGUACGGCCUCCAAUCCACCAGAAGCAGCUACGCGGGCAUGGACGGCUACUACAUGCAGCAGGGGCAGGGCAAUGGCGGUGUCCAGCUCCAGCCCAAUCUGGCCAUGUGGAGCACCGACGAGCCGCGCAAUGCCGCCACGAUGCAGAGUGGGUAUGGCCUCCAAUGCACCAGCAGCAGCUACGCUGGUGCGGACGGCUACCCCACGCAGCAGGUGCCGGACAACGGCGGUGCCCAGCCCAAUAUGGUUAUGUGGAGCACCAACGAGCCGAGCGACGCCAUCGUGCCCGUCGUGUACCCCUCGCUCGACAUUGGCCUCAGCUACAUGGACACCGACACACCAGCGGCGCACGCUACCCAGGGCACCGGCGGCAGGUCCCUCGCCAUGGGCGCCGGCGGCAACUUCAUCAACGCACCACCAGCCCUGUCCCUCACCAUGGGCACCGGCGACAAUUUCGCCAGCGCGCCACCCGCCCAGCCCCUCGCCACGAGCUACCACGGCAACCUGACAAACGCCAGCGGCUACACGACGCAGUGGCCGGCCCAGCAGCUCCAGCGCGCCGGCAGCGGCCAGGAAUCCAGCCUCGAGCAACUGCACUAUCUCAGUGACCUAGAAGACAAGCAGGUGCACCUCUGGGGGAACUAA